UCAUUUUAGGGAACUUGAACGCACCACACUAUCGGGUCCAGAGCGUCUGCGAGUCCGAGAAAGUGCUUCUAAAAUGCCCGCUGAUGUGACCCAGUGGACCGGAGACCUAGCUCUGCAGGAGGUCGAGGAGAAGCCCGGCCAGCCCUUAGUGGUCAAAUAUGGAGAUUUGGAAAUCGAUGAGCUCGGAAAAGUGCUGACUCCGACGCAGGUGCAGGCUCGACCCACCACCAUCGAGUGGCCCGGAUGUGACCCCAGCAAGCUCUACACGCUAGUGCUGACCGACCCGGAUGCCCCGAGCAGGAAGACCCCCAAGUUCCGAGAGUGGCAUCAUUUCCUGGUGGUCAACAUGAAGGGAAACGACGUGUCCUCCGGAAAGGUCCUGUCGGACUACGUGGGCUCAGGACCUCCUCGGGACACAGGUCUCCACCGCUACGUGUGGCUGGUCUACGAGCAGCCCGCCGCGCUCUCCUGCUCCGAGCCCGUCCUCACCAACCGCUCCGGGGACGGACGCGGGAAGUUCAAGAUCCAGGACUUCAGGAAGAAGUACGGCCUGGCAGCGCCGGUGGCCGGGACCUGCUACCAGGCCGAGUGGGACGACUACGUGCCCAAACUGUACGAGCAGCUGGCCGGGAAGUGAGGAGCACUUAGAUCCAGCUGCUGUCAGCGGAUCCAGAAACUCACCAGAUCACCAGAGUAUUUUUGUUUGUCAGUCAGUGAAGAUUCCUGAUCAAUAAACCUGAGUUCACCUUCAGACGUCGACUUUGAU